AUGACGGACGAGUUCCCAAACCUGAUGAAGACCGCCACCCUCACACCAGAGAACUUGCUGAAGUACGCCGCAUACUCGCGCAAGAAACGGGUCCACGAAUCAUUCAGCACUCUACGGAUGGAUCUUGGCACAUACCUGCUCCACUAUGCAUCUCAUUCGGGGAAUCUGCCGACUGCCGACGACGACGACUCACAAGAAGAGUGGAUGAGCAAUGCGCGCCUCUUCUACAGCGAAGAUGCCCAGCCAUUGCCCCUAGAGUUCGAGGAAGCGCCUACAGACCUAUGCCCAUGGCUGAGCAACCAUCUCGGGUUGGUAGACUUCAUGGUCGAUGCGCAUAGCACCCUUGGGAUGCCACUCAUACGACGUUAUGGCGCUGCCGCGUAUGACUACGUGGGCCAGCUCAGUGGAGAGGUUGAAACCCUGGUUCGCGAUGAGGCUGCGAAACAAAUCGUUAUACAAGCGGUGGAGUAUGCUGUAAGGAGGAUUAGCACGAAGUGCAACGGGGUCGUCGCGAAGAUGGAGCCGUACAUGGAGGAGCUGAAGUCGGCUAUCAAGAAUCUUGUGGAGGAGCAGACGGACGAGGAGGACAUGAUGGAAGAGGACUAG